UAAUAACAACAAUAAAUCUUGAGAUAGGAUGUGAAUCCGAGUCUUACUGUUUCCCUACUCAAAUCAGAAGAAAGAGACGAUGCUGAGCUUUAUAAUGAUCAUCUUCUUCUUCUGAUUUUCUUCAUAGAUUUUCUAGUUCAGAAAGUUUGAAUUGGUUGUCAACUAGGUUGAAGACCUGAGCUUUUGUUUUAAGGAGGCAUUUGGCUCUUUGAAUGAGAAAUUUGCGCACCCAUCAAAGGAGUUUUCGGUUCAUGUACAGACGACACGGAUUCAAUAGAUUUUUACAGCACUUGGUUGGGUUUUUCCAGUAGUCUAACUGGGGCAUUUCAAGCUUUCUUGUCCAGAAUGCUGCGCGAAAUGUCUUCUCUAAGGAUUUUCCGGCGAGCUUCUCAGAAACAUGUUCCGCAUGAAGAAACUGAGAAUGGUUCAGAAAAGCCAUCUGAUUCUAAUUUGCCUUCAACAGCAAUGGCUGGUUCUAUGAGGGCACCUCUUUGCCCACUUUCUGAACAGCAACAGAAACUGGCAGGUGUUUGUACAGAGAAUUUCUCUGGUUCUCGAAGAUUUGAUGGAACUCCUACCAAAACCAAAGGAAAGGGUUGUGCAAAGGCUGACGAUUCAGAAUUACCUCCUUUUACAUCACCACAAAAGAAUGGAUCUGUACCAUCCUCAACUACAAAUGUGAAUAACAGAAACAGGUUUGGCUGGCCACAGAGACAUGAUACUUCUUCCAGAGAAACCAAUAUUACUAAUGGAAGACGGUCUCCACUUCUACGGGACAAUCGCAGUGAAAUCUCUGGAGAUACAAAUUUCACUCCUCAGUCAUUAAACAAUGCAUUUGGAAACGAGGCAAACCAUGCAAAUGGAAAUGGAAUUCAAUCCAAUAGAGGGUUUGUUGUUGGCAAUGGAGGUUCUAACAAUGCAACUCCUCGCCCUAUAAAAACUGGAGGGAAGGCCUCAUCGAAUCAAUCAGACUGUGGUUCUACUAGCAGUACACCUACAAAAAGUGUUUCAAGAGCACUCAACAAUGGAGCUUCUGUUGGCACGGCCACCAACAGUUUUAGAUUUCCCACUUCUCAGAAUUCAGUUGCAAGAACUGGUCAUCCCUGUAAAACUCUUGUUGUGGCAUCGGCACCACCUACAGUGGUAAAUACUGUUGAAGUGCCACAUUUUGAACUCAAGGAAGACCCUGCAUUUUGGAUGGAUCACAAUGUGCAGGUUCUACUACGAAUACGGCCUCUGAAUAGUGCAGAGGUAGCUUCUCAAGGGUAUAGUAGGUGCUUGAAGCAAGAGAGCGCCCAUAGUAUUACUUUCCUUGGUCCUCCUGAAACACGUUUCACAUUUGAUCAUGUCGCCUGCGAAACUACAACACAGGAGAUGCUAUUCAAAGUGGCUGGUUUGCCAAUGGUGGAAAACUGUAUGUCAGGUUACAAUAGCUGUAUGUUUGCUUAUGGUCAGACGGGAAGUGGAAAAACACACACAAUGCUUGGUGAUAUUAAUGAAUUAGACCAGCGACCUAGUGCAAAUCGUGGGAUGACUCCUCGCAUUUUUGAGUACUUGUUUGCAAGGAUCAGAGCGGAAGAAGAAAGUCAUAUGCAUGAGCAGUUGAGAUAUGUUUGCAAAUGCUCUUUUCUUGAAAUUUAUAAUGAGCAGAUAACAGAUCUACUGGAGCCUUCAUCAACUAAUUUGCAAUUGCGAGAAGAUGUUAGAAAAGGUGUAUAUGUUGAUAACCUUACAGAGUUUGAAGUUAACAGUGUACAGGAUGUUGUUCGGCUUUUGUUUCUGGGAGCAGCAAACAGAAAGGUUGCAGCUACUAAUAUGAACCGCGAGAGUAGUCGUUCGCACAGUGUUUUUACAUGUGUCAUCGAGAGCCACUGGGAAAAGGACUCCAUGACUAACAUUCGCUAUGGAAGGCUUAACCUAGUGGAUCUUGCUGGUUCAGAAAGGCAGAAAAGUUCUGGUGCAGAAGGUGAACGUCUGAAAGAAGCUGCAAACAUCAACAAGUCCUUGUCAACUCUUGGCCUUGUAAUUAUGAUUUUAGUGGAUGUGGCUAAUGGAAAGCAACGCCAUGUUCCAUACAGAGAUUCCAGGCUUACAUUUCUGCUUCAGGAUUCACUUGGUGGUAACUCUAAAACGACAAUUAUAGCAAAUAUCAGUCCAUCAUUAUGUUCUGCAAAUGAGACAUUGAGCACACUUAAGUUUGCUCAGAGAGCCAAAUUCAUUCAAAACAAUGCUAUUGUAAACGAGGAUGCUUCAGGAGACGUUAUGGCUUUGCAACUUCAAAUACAACAAUUAAAGGAGGAACUGAGUUUUUUUAAACGUCAGAAUGUUUCAAGAUCUCUAGCAUUUCGGUCAACAAUAUUUUCAGAGAGUAAACCUGGUAAUGGUGAAGGAAAUAUGACUGUUGUGCCUGGUUACAAUGUUGAUGUUCCUGAUUGUUCUCUUGACUUGCUGCCCAAUCUAAAUUCUUUAGGGAGCCCUAGGAUAUCCAGUAAGAAGUUAAAAUCAUUAGAAGCUACCUUGAUGGGUGCUUUGAGAAGAGAAAAUGUGGCUGAAACUACAACAAGGCGUCUGGAAGCUGAGAUUGAACACCUAAACCGGCUGGUUCGGCAGAGAGAGGAGGAUACCCAGUGCACUAAAAUGAUGUUACGUUUUCGAGAGGACAAAAUUAGAAGGCUGGAAUCUGUUGCAGAUGGUUUAAUUUCAUCAGAUGCGUAUCUCUUAGAGGAGAAAAAUGCUUUAUUUGAAGAACUUCAGCUUGUUCGCGGGCGGCUUGAUCGCAACCCUGAGCUGACUCGAUUUGCCAUGGAAAAUAUAAGACUUCUGGAACAACUUAGAAAGUACCAAGAUUUUUAUGAAGGAGGGGAGAGAGAGAAUUUACUUGCAGAGGUUUCUGAUUUGCGCGAUCAGCUACUUGAGGUCCUAGAAGGAAAGUUUGAGCAAGAAAAAAGUCCACGUACAUUUUCAACACCUGAGGUGGUGAUUUCUCCUGAGCUUGCUUGUGUUACAAGAGAGAACGAUAUGCUAAGAUCAGAAGUGGAUAACACUCGUAAAGAGAUAGAAGACUGCAGGAAUCAUCUGAGUGCCUGCCUAGAAGUAAAUGAAAAAAUGUCAAGGGAAAUUGAUGAAUUGCAUUUGCAACUUGACUAUCUCAAGGCAACUUGCUAUCAGCAACAAAAUGAUCUGGAAGCACUAAGGUCUCAAUCAAUUGCUGCUGGCACUGUAGAGGAAGAGAAUGGACAGGAACAGAUCAUAGAUCACUUGAAAGAACAGGUUCAAACGGAAAUGGAAUUAAGGACAAAGAUUGAUGAUGCCCAAGCAUCUGUGAGGAAUAAUAGACACGACUUGCAAGAAAAAACACAGAGAGAACAGGAACUUGAAAUGAGACAUUCAGAGGAAAUCAUGCAACUCCAACUAGAGAUUGAAACAAUUGAAACAAUUUUAGAAGAAGAACGACUGAGUAGAAAAGAGGCAGAAGAAAGGGUUAUGCAACUUAGCCAGAAUUUGGAAGCAGCGAGCGAGAAAUCUUUGCAAGUUAGCAAAGACCUAGAAGCAGCUUUGGAAAAAGUAAAUGAUGGAAAAUCAGUGAUUGAAGCAUUGGAGUCACAGCAGCUCUUUUCAAUAAAUGAGAUAGAGAACCUUCAAGUAAGAAACAGGGAAAUUUUGGAGCUUCUAAACAAGAAAGAAGAGGAAAGACAGAUGCUGGAAAAUAAGAGCAAGAUUUUGAAUGAAAACCUGAAUAUAGAUAAAGAGCUGGGAGUACUGGAAAAACAAAGAAAAGAUAAUUGCAGUGAAAAUGUAAAUAAUGAACAUUCCUCUAUGCAAGUUAAGUUAGAGAGGAUGCAAAGGGCUCUUGAAAAAGCCAGGAAGCUCAACAUGAGGUUACAGAAUGAGCAAGCUUCACAAACGUCACAUGAAGAAGAAAUGGAUAAUGUACGCAGACAGGUUGAAACUGAAACAGCAGAGGUGAUCAUUUGCCUGCAGGAGGAACUUGUUGCCCUUCGGCAACAGGUUGACUCAACAACUGCAAGAGAAUCUGAAAAAAAUGAGCAUCUGACACAUCUUGAAGGAGAAAUAGAAGAACUAAAAUAUAGAUUAACCUUUCUUACAGAAGAGAAUGAUAGACUGGUAAGUAUGACGGCUGAGAAAGAUUCAGAGAUAAAAGAACUGAAGGAUGAAUGGGAAAAAGCAGCCAUAGAUCUAACGAACUGCCUUGCAGAAGGAGAUCAAGCCCUUGAAGAUGCAUCUGAGCAGAUGGAGAGUAUUAUGGAUUCAUUUCCCCAUAAAAGGCUUAAAAUUGAUCAAGGAGUAGAGCGAGUGGUGGCCAUAAUUAGUGAAAAAGAAAAAGUAAUCGAUACCCUUCAAAAACGACUGCAGCAUGCCCAAAAUCUAGCUCGUGACACAGAAGGAAAAAUGCGAUCCUUGCAGGAGGCAACACUGACAAUUACAGAAGUGCAGCAACGAGAGAAUGAUGACAUGUCGAAGGAGGCAUGCAAGAUGAGAUCAGAACUGUCCCAAAAAAUAUCUAUCAUUCAAGGAUUAGAGAGUGAGGUAGUCAACUGCCAAAACAGCAUAAGGGAGGCAGAAAAGCGUUCCAGUGCUGCUUUUAUUAUGGUCAAGAAGCUUACUGAGCUAAAUGAUGGGAUGUCAAAGGAGGUAUCUAAGGUAAGAUUAGAAUUGUCCCAAAAGAUAUCUAUCAUUCAAGGGUUAGAAAGAGAGCUAACUAACUGCCAAAGUGACAUAAGGGAGGCAGAAAAACGUUCCAGUGCUGCAUUUAUUGUUGUCAAGAAAUAUGCUGAGCUGAAUGAUGGGAUGUCAAAGGAAGUAUCUAAGGUAAGAUCUGAACUGUUUCUGAAAUCAUCCAUCAUUGAAGGAUUAGAGAGUGAGAUAGCUAACAGCCAAAGCCGCAUGAGGGAGACAGAAAAAUGUGCCAGUGCUGCAUUUAUUGUGUCGAAAAAACUUACUGAGUUGAAUGAGUCUCAGAGAGAAGCAGCAAAAAGUACAGCUUCCCAGCUUGAUGAAGCUUUGGAGGCAAGCAGACAGAAGGGAAAAUUGGUUCAAGACAUGCAGAAUGAACUCUUGGAAGCAAGGUUACAGAUUGACUCUCUGAAGCAACUGAUACUGAAAACUGAAAAAGAAAGUGAUGAACUGAAACUGGUUUUGGCCAGUGAGCAGGAUAAGGUGAAAGUGGUUGAGAAAAAAGCUGAAGUGAGCGAAGAGAACAUAUGGAAGGUGGUGGAUGAAGUGGAGAAAUCAUGGCAAAAGGUUUUUGAGGUUGAGACUAAACUCUGUUCAUAUGUUGGAUCUAUUGAGAAGGAGCUAUCUGCUAGUAAAGCAGACUCAAUGACAACUUUUGACGAUUUCAAAAGACAAGUACAAAAUCAAUUUGAAGAGGUUCAUGCAUUGAAGGAUGAACUCAUGUGUAAACUUGGCAAUCAAACACAAGUGAUAGAAAAAGCUAUGCAAACUAUUAACGAUUUAAGGGAGAAAGAAAACCAGUUGAUUCUUGCAUUUGUAGAUGCAAUCCUUGCUGCCAGGAAAAUGCAACAUCGUAACAACAUAGACGCUCGGCAACUCAGUGAGAGAGAAUCAUCAUUAAAAUGUGCGAAUGAAAAACUAAAAAUGGCAGAGAUAGAGUUGAAAGAGAGAGAUCAACAGGUCCAUGAACUGACUGUAGCUUUGGAAGCUCUUGAAAUUGCAAAGUCAAAUGUAGAAUUAGAAAAGCUGCAACUUGUGAUUGUAGCAGAUCAGGCUACAUCAAGGUGUUUAAUAAAGGAACAAGAACUGCACGUGGCAAAGCAAGAAUUUUCAUUCAUUCAUGCAAAGUUGAAAGAGCUUGAAGAUAAUGCUUGUUUUGUUAAUGCUAGAAUGGACCACUCUCUAAAGCAACUUAAGUGUCUUGAAGAACAUUCAAAACUUCUUGUUGGUCAGGAUGUGCAGAAAAAAUUGGACGAUGAGAGGCAGGAACUGCAUUCUGAAAAAGAGUGCGUUGAGGAAGAGAUGACGAGAAAACAAAUGACCGUAACUGAAGAAUUUGGUGCCACACAAUGCAAAGUAAAAAUGAUGGAUGAUAAUAUAAUUGAGUCAACCUUGACUACUGAGGCUCUUAUAGAAAAAAUUAGCCAUGUUGAAAAGGAAGCUUUACUCAAAGAUGCAGCUAUUGCUCGUGAUAAAGUUUCUAAUAAGGAGAAAGAGCUCUUAUUUGUCCACAAUACAUUGACUGAGGUUCAGCAAAAGUUAAAGUUAGCUGAUGAUAACGUGGAUGCACUUGAAGCACUAAUAAAUGAUUUUGCAUGUUCUGAAGAGCAUCGGAGAAUUGAAAGGCAAAGUCUUUCUUCAAAAAUUGAGCAUUUGCAGGCUGUCCUUCUUGAGAAGGAGAAUGAGGUAGAAGUUUUACGAAAUCAGCAAGUAACCGAGAUUUCAGGUGCUGUUUCUAAGUCUGCUUUGGCAGAAAAUAUCAACAAUGUAACUAUUGCAUCAGAGGUUGAGAAAAUGAAAAUUGAGACUGAGAAUCUCAAAACAAUUCUUUAUGAAAAAGAUCAAACCAUUUUAUCUGUAAGGAAGGAAAUGGAAGCCGCUCUAGCAAGUUUGAAGGAAGCUGAGCUGGAGAUGAAAAGAACAUUAGAUGAAAAUGAAGAAUUGACUGAGUCAGUGGAAAUGGAAAGGUGUCAGAUUGAAGGGCUAACUAAUGAGAUCAAACAUUUACGUGAAGACAUAAAUCACAAACAAACGGAACUUGAUCUCCUGCAGGCAGAGAUGGUCAAAAUCCUUGAGGCAAUGGAGGAGAGGACAAAGGAAACUGAAGCAACAUGGCGAAAAGAGAAAGAGAUAUUAUCUCUUGAGCUAAAUAAUGCCAAGUUGGUUGCUGCCGAAAAAACCAGUGAGGCAGUUACUAUGCUCAGAAAGUUUGAGGAGAGCCAAGAGACUAUCAAAGAAGCAGAUCUCAUGCUCAAUGCGCUAUUGAGAGCAAAUGAAAAUGCAAAACAUGACACUGAAAGGUGGAAGAAUGUGGAGGAAGAAUUUGUGACAGAAAGGGGGUCCUUGAUUGAUGAAAUUGAAAGGGCCAAAAUUGCAUUUACAGAAAAGGAGCAGCAGGUUGUGUCAAUGCAAGAGCAGAUUCAAAUGAAAUCACAAGAAACAAGAGACCUAAUUUCAGAUGUAGAAAAAUUUGUAAUGAAUUCCAUAAGGGUUCUUGAGGAAGAAAUUAAGACUAUCAAUGCAGAAAUAGGCAGCUUAAAGCAGGAUGUUUUACAUGCCUUGGAUGCCAAUAGAUCAUUGUUUGAAGAACUUUGGUCUAUUGUUGCUGAAAAAGAUAGUACUAUGUUUCUGUUGCAUUCUUGCCAAGUUGAAGCACUAUUAGGAAAGAUCCAUAUGCUAAAUAUUCAAGUUGUUUCUCUUAAUAAGAAACUAAUUGAAUCCAAUGCAAGCAAAUGUCAGUUGGAGGAGAAUAACACACAAUUACAAGAAGAAGUUGCUAUGCAUAUCGGUUUAGGUGCCAAUAUACAAGUUGAAAUCAAGAGCACUUUAGGCAACAUUAUUGAGAAAGAGACUCGAUUGGAAAGGCUUUUGGGACAGUUAAACAAUUUUGAGAAGAAAAUAUCUGUUCUAGAGGUGCAGGAGAACUCAAUGAUGGGAUGGUCCACUGCCAAGGACGUUGAAUUGGCUAACUUGAUCUCAGAGGUGGAGAAGAAACACAUUGAGGUAGAUGCUGCUACUGAUAAAAUUGAAAAAUUAAAAGGUGAAAAGGAGGAACUGUGUGCGCACCUUGAUCAUUCUUUUAAGAAGAUCUCAAUUUUGGAAAGGGAGCAGGAAUCAUUUCAACAAUCAAUGCACACUGAGAUUGAUUUGCUUCAUUUGCAAUUGCAUGAAUCCAACGAAAGGGCCACCAAGUCAGAGAAACAUAACAAAGAUCUAAAUGAUGAGAUAAAACAGUAUGGAACAGCUAUACUUGAGUUGCAAGAGGAUUUAACAGGCCGUCCAGAAGGGACCUUUAAGUCAGUCAAAGGAAGAGAAAGUUUGUCUGGACAGCUACAAUUAUUAAAAAUGGAAGUAUCUGAUUUAAAGAUCAAGGAAGAGAUGUUAAGGAAAGAAUUGAUGGCUAAGGAAUCCCAGAUGGCAAUUCUCUGUCAAGAAGUGGAUGGGCAUGGCAAGGUUCAAAGCAAUCUUGACGAAACACUCCAACUGGUGGAUAAUUUACAAAAAGAAAAACAGGAGCUGUCUUUUGCGUUGGAUCAGUCUAACAAAAUGAUUAGACAGCUAGAAAAUGAGAAGGCGGCUUUUCAACAGGACGAAUUGAGACUUAAAGAAAGAUUAGAUUCAUUAGUUCUUGAAAAUGGACAGAGCUGUGAAAGCGUAGUUCACUUUCAGAAGCUUUCUGCAGACGCAGAUGAAAAUUUGAAGAAGAAGGAUGGAGAGAUUGAGGCCAUGCAGAAGAAGUUAGAAGAGGUUGCUGUCAAUUCAAUGUACUGGGAACAGGAACGUAAAGGAUUACAAGAAAGGGUAGGCAUGCUGGAGAUUUCUUUGGAUACUCUCCAAUCUGAUUUUGAUGUCAACAAGAGAGAGUUGAUUGAGCUUCAACUUGCUCAUUCUACAGCUCUUGAGCAUCUUGAAAACAAGCAUCAAGAGGUUGCUGAUUUAAUGAGUAAGCUGAAUGCUUCUGAAAUGGAAAACAUGGGGUUAAGAAAUGAAAUUGAUAAACAAAUGACAGUCCAGGACAAAUUAUGUUCUGAGCUUCAGCAAAGCAAUGACGUUGCUGCAGAGAUCAAGAGGGAGCAUGCUGAAUCUGCUGAACUCUUAAAAGUGAGAGAAGGAGAGGUUACAAUGUUAAUCCAACAGAAGGAAGAUAUUUCUAAUAAAUUGUAUGGAAUGGAGAAUGAAAACAAAGAGCUGAAGGAAGCCUUAAGCAGACAAAAUCACAAACUGCAAGAAUUUACAAUUCAGAUAGCUCUUAUUGAUGACAAUUUGAAGCAAUUAAGCAGAGAUAGCUGUGAUUCUAUUCUUACAGUUGAAAAUCUUGAAGGCAGGCUUUACAGUUUGCCAGAAAAAGUUCUCUCUGCCAUGUCAACAAAGAAUGCAGAUGAAGAGCAGCUCGUUGACAUAGAAAACAUUCUUCAAUACACAUGUGUUCUUGAAGAGAAGACACAUGUAUUUCUGGAUCAAAUGGAACUGAUUGAGAUGAAAUUUGAAGAGCUUUUGUCUCAAAAUGCUUCACUACACAUAGAAUUGAAACGUAAGGAAGAAGUUAUCAACGGGUUGCAAUUUGACUUAAGCUUAUUGCAAGAGUCUGCAUCCAAAGCGAAAGAUCAAAAGGAUGAAGUCCAAGAAGCGACUGCAGCAUUGAAGUUGGUUCAAGAAGAUCUGUUGGCAAAAAGUAAUGAGCUAACUAAAAUCAGGUCUGAUAAUAACAAACUGGAGAUAAAGUUAAAAGAAAAGGAAAGUGAAUCCAACAGAUUGAAAGUAGAUCUUGCAGAACUGAAGGAAAAUCUGGCCUCUGUUUCAAAAGAAAACUCUCAGCUUGCAAGUGACGUAGAAGAUCUCUUAAAAAAGAAUAAUUCUGCCGAAGAGGAAUUGGAAGAGAAACAGAAACUUAUUGAAGGACUAGAGGAAGAACUUCUAGAAAUGAGUUCUUUGGUUGAUCACCAGACGAUACUUUCUAUUGAAAGCAUGAAGUGUGAACUGAACAAUGUUACUCGAGAGAGAGACCGGCUUCAAGCUGAAACACUUGUUUUGAAUGAACAGCUGGAAAUGACACAGGCUUUUGCAGAUGAACGUGAAGCUAUUGCUGUCGAAGCCCGCCAGAAGGUUGCGGAAGCACGUAAAAUUUAUGCUGAAGAGAAAGAAGAGGAGGCUAAGCUUCUGGAACGAUCUGUUGAAGAACUAGAACGGACUGUAAAUGCAUUAGAGAGCCAGGUGGAUAUUGUGAAACGAGAGGCUGAUAGGCAGCGACUGAUGAGGGAGGAUAUUGAAUUGGAGUUACAAGCGUUAAGACAUCAGAUGCUAACAAUGCAAAGUAUACACAGCACUGGAAAUAAUCAAAACGCAAGUGACUCAAUGGGGAGUGUCACUACUAACCAAAGACCUAUAGUGGACAAACAGCUUGAACAGCGAGAUUUACAUAAACACAUUAAAAAUCUUGAGAAAGAAAUUGAAGAAAAGAAUGCCGAGAUUAAGAAGUGCAAAGCACAUAUUGAAGAGUUAACCAUGAAUGCAGAAAUACAGGCUAAUGAGUAUCAACAAAAGUAUAAAGCACUGGAAGCUAUGGCGAUUCAAGUCAAAGCUGAGCAAUCUAAUUCUAAUGCCGUAGCUUCAUCUAGCAACAAGUUAGGAGAAAAAACUGCUACUAAGCCUAGGGGUUCAGGUUCACCAUUCAAGUGCAUUGGUUUGGGUUUAGCUCAUCAAAUGCAUUCAGAGAGGGAUGAGGAGCUACAAGCUUCCAGGCACCGUAUAGAAGAACUUGAAACAUUUCUGGCAGCACGACAAAAGGAGAUAUUUAUGCUGAAUUCUCGGUUAGCAGCAGCAGAAAGUAUGACACAUGAUGUCAUAAGGGAUUUGCUUGGAGUAAAACUGGACAUGACCAACUAUGCUUCUGUACUGGAUAAUCAACAAGUACAAAAGAUAGCUGAAAAAGCUCGGCGACAAAAUGAAGAAUCACAAGAAAAGGAACAGGAAGUUCUUAAGCUAAAACAUCAAUUGAAUGAGUUAAUAGAAGAAAGAGAGAGCUGGCUGGAUGAAAUUAAUCGCAGACAGGCAGAAAUGGUUGCUGCUCGAGUUGCAGCUGAGAAACUCCGACAGCGAGAUCAGUUCUUGACUACAGAGAAUGAAAUGUUAAAGGCAGAUAAUUCUAAUCAAAAGAGAAGGCUUAUUGAGAUUGAGGAGGAAAUCAAGAAGCUAUCGGGCCAACAAAAUCUACAGCAAAGAAUUCACCACCAUGCAAAAAUCAAGGAGGAGAAUAAUGUACUCAGGGCUCAGUACGAGGAUAUCUCUGCAAAACUACGACGUACAGAGGUUCUUCUAGCGCGAGUGAGUGAUGAACUUGCUCGGUAUCGAACAGCUGAUGGAAAGUCACCUUAUAUUAGUAUUGAUGAAGAGCAGAGACUGAGGAACAAACUACAGGAAACUGAGGAAGAAAGGGUACAAAUGGCACAGAAGCUGUUAGGUUUGUGUAACAGCAUUUUACAGGCAGCUGGAAUUGUUAGACCACCAAGGGAAAUUGAUCCUUCCUUAGCAGUGGAAACAUUGCAGCAACUCAAAGAGAGGCUUGAAAGUGCAGAGAGAGAAAUACGAGACCUGAAACUUAAGAUGAAAAUUGCUGGUGAAAAGAUGAAAUUGAGUGAGCUUCGUCAACAGUCAACUUCUCCCUCAAGCGUGAAGACAAAUGACAAGAGUUUCACAAGUGUGCAGCAGAGCUGUCCCAGUCCUUCUCGUCCCAAUUUAAGAUAAACGUUAAUAUGAAGUAGGGAAACAUACAAGAAUCUUUGUAUAGAAACCAAGGAAGGGGUCCAUAUUCCAUGUAACCCAUUACUUGUGUAGUAAGCAACUGUGAUUUGUUUGAGUUGAGGGAUAUUUUGUAUAUGCCCCUCCUCAAUGUAGAUUCUUCUUACUAAUCGUGUACAUAUUCUAGGCAGAUCAAUUACAAUGCACUCCAUUGCAUUGAUUAAGUGUUCUUGGAAAAUUCUUGGUAAAUGAAAAAUUCCUUGUCAAGUUUCAUUCUUCAA